GACCCGAUCGUUGCAGUCCGUGCCCAGCCAAGAGCCAUGCGGACCACAAUUCCACCCGGCAGUGCACCUGCAUACCAAACUUUUUCCGUUUGGCCGAGGAAGGACCCGAAGUCGCUUGCACCGGUCCCCCUUCGGCCGCAAGAGACGCCCAGGCCAUGGUGGACAACAAGUCCUCGGUGGUCACGCUGACAUGGAAGCCGCCGGCCAAAAACGGCGGCCGGAAUGACCUGAAGUACUGGGUGGACUGCCCGCUCUGUCCGCCGGACACGGAAUACUCGCCCCGCCAGCGCGACCUGCCCGGCCUGGAGGUCAACGUCAGUCGCCUGGCCUCGCACACGACCUACGAGUUUUUCAUCUACGCCGAGAACGGCGUGUCCGAGCAGAGCAUCGCAGCCGGCACAAAACAGGAGAGCGUUUUGGUCAACGCCACCACCUUUUCAUCAGUUCCCUCGGCCGUCCGUGCAGUCAUCGUGGAUGAUGAAACCUCGACAGAAACCUCCAUCAGCCUGAUCUGGAAGCCCCCCAUGUUCCCCAACGGACAGAUCAUCACCUACCAGAUCCGCUACCGGACCACGGUGGAGAUGGUUGACGAGAGUAAAUAUCACUACCAGAAGGCCGUACCCGGGGAAACCCAGAGCACCACCAUCACGGGAUUGGAAACUGGCAUGGACUAUGUCUUCGCUAUUGCAGCUACUACUAAAGAUGGAGUGGGAGAGUAUAGCACACCACUGAUGACAAGCACUGACGGUGGUCGUAAGAGUCAGAUCUACAACACUGCCAUUAUUGCCGGCGCAGUAGCUGCGUUCUUCAUUAUAAUGGUUCUAGUGGCCAUCGUUAUAUUCCUGCUGAUCUGCUGGAGAAGGAAAAAGGAGGUGCCGCCCAUAGCAAACGGAAUGAUUUAUUCCAAUGGCCCUAACGGAGAAGCCGUGAUCCUGCCCCACAUCGGCAAAGCCCGUACCUACAUUGACCCUUUCACUUACGAGGAUCCAGUCCAGGCCGUCAGAGAGUUUGCCACGGAGAUUGACGCCAGCUGUAUCCGCAUUCUGGACGUCAUUGGUGGAGGCGAGUUUGGCGACGUCUGCUCGGGCCUGAUGCUCAUGCCGGACAAGUCCACCCGCAAAGUGGCCGUCAAGACCCUCAAGACCGGCGCCUCGGACAAAGACCGCGCCGACUUCCUGUCGGAGGCCUCCAUCAUGGGUCAGUUUGACGACCCCAACGUCAUCGAGCUGCUGGGGGUCGUGACCCGCACCAGACCGGCCAUGAUCGUGACUGAGUACAUGGAGAACCGAUCUCUGGACACUUUCCUGAAGGAGAAUGACGGCAAAUUCUCAGUUCCCCAGCUGAUCUGCAUGAUGCGUGGCAUCGCCUCGGGCAUGCGUUACCUCUCUGAGAUGAACUUUGUGCACCGUGACCUGGCCGCGCGUAACAUCCUCGUCAGCAGCACUCUGGUCUGCAAAGUGGCCGACUUCGGACUGUCGCGACGAAAACACGAAGGAGCCUACGAAACCAAGGGAGGUAAGAUCCCCAUCCGAUGGACAGCCCCUGAGGCCAUCGCUUUCAAGAAGUUCACCUCGGCUAGCGACGUCUGGAGUUAUGGCAUUGUCAUGUGGGAGAUCAUGUCCUACGGAGAGAGACCCUACUGGAACUGGCCCAACCAAGAUGUGAUCCGUGCCGUGGACAAGGGUUACCGCCUGCCGCCCCCUAUGGACUGCCCCGAGGCCCUCCAUCAGCUCAUGCUGGAUUGCUGGCAGAAGGACCGCAACCAUCGUCCGACCUUCUCCACCAUUGUCUCCACGCUGGAGCGCCUGACUAGGAACCCACACGCCCUCCGGCCCCUAGCCAAGGCUGGGGUCAACCAGAUGAACAACAGCUUCACCGACCUGAGCCAGAUCCGCUCGGUCCCGGACUGGCUGGAGAGCAUCAAGAUGGGCCGGUACAAGGACACCUUCUCCCAAGCCGGCUACGUCCGCCUGGAAGACAUCGCUCGCCUGUCCCAGGGCGACCUGCCCAGACUGGGCGUCAAUCUGGUGGGUCACCAGAAGAAGAUCAUGAAGGGCAUCCAGUCCAUCCGCUCCCACCUGGAGCAGUCCGAGGAGACGCUAGUAUAAGAACGGCUGGAGGAGCAACUAGCUGCCUGUAGAUAGCUAUAUUGGAAUUUCUGCCGGGUGUGGAGACUAGUAUCAUCUGCAGCCGUUUACAAUUUUUUUUUGGCUGUCAAAAGAAGUUGAGGCUUUUUUUUUGUAAUCUACAAAAGUUACAGGACUGUUGUGUAUAAAUGCAUUGAGUUUACCGGACUCUGAGUUUACCGGACUCUGGGUGUUUAAACAGAGACACGUGUGGAUGUGAGUUCUCAUUCACAUGUAAUGUGAUGUACUCUCUGCAAGACGUCGCUACAUCUGCCUGUACACCUGCAACAACACAGGAUGUCAUAAAUAUUAGGGCGAUGUAACAAACUCUGUGAGAGUUGUUAUAGUUGGCAGCCAAGGCCAGAUUACAAGCCAGUUUUGGUGGCCGGUGGCCUGUGACCCGUAACCAGGAUAUGAAGCAGAUCUACUGCCGUGCAACUGCCCAACCAACAAGCCGAAUCCAAGAUAGUUUUUGGACUUGUGGUCGUUCCAUUUUAUAGUUUGUGGACCGUAUGAAUUUCAGCUGUCCGGCUGGUAAACUUGCAAGCCAGUGUGGCUUGUGCAAUUCGUCCAACUGUCCGCCAAGUUGAUUGGAAUACAUCAAACCUAUGAGGCAACGGGCCAUCUUACCAGCCAACUAGCAGGUAGAAAAUGGCCUGUAAAUUAUCACUGACUUCACAUGACAUAGUGUUGCCUGCUUACUGGAAAAGUUUAGGAAUGAUACGAAUCAAAGAUUCCCUACAAGCAACUGCAGCUUUCCUAAACCCAUACCCCGGCACUUGCAACUUGGAGACGUAGAGAAAGCCAAGCCAAGCCAAGCCAAAGGCCAAGGAGGUGGUGGCCGAUUUUACCAGCCGCUUUACCGGCCAGUUUACCAGCCCUUUUGCUGGCCAUCCAUAUACCCAAACAGCCUCGGCCAUACCGCCCACGAAACCCGAGAAGUAACCAAUCUUUACAAGUUUGCACCAGACUCCAGAACACUGACUGUAGUGAUUAGGUCCAGUUGGCCGCCAAGUUAUAAACUGAAGGUGGCCAGUUUAAUGGCCGCAACGCUGGCCGGCAAAUGGAGAAAAAAAAAUACUGGUGCUUACCUGUCUAAAACAGCACUUGUAUAAUGUUAGCUGAUAUACAUAUGUAUAAUGCGUGAGUAGUGUAGUCAAAAUUGCACCCCUGUUCAAGAUAUCUGCCUUUCUUUGACAAACCUGGUUCUGUGAUUGGUGGAUUUGAUCCACUCGGGACAUUGUCAAAGGGUUUGGCAGUUUUGUUAGUCGCACCGAUAUUUGGUCGAGAUUGUUUCUCGGCCGUCGAAAAAGUUAUCAAGUAGCAGAAUGAUUUUUUGGCUGUAUAUCUGUAAAAUAAAAGCUGAAAUGGGGGAAAAAAGUUGUUUUCUUCCAUGUCAAAGAGUUGAUCACAAAAGCCUAAUUUAAAUAAGUUUUUUUGUUUUUGUUUUGAAACAAAACAUUUCAAAAAGUGUCACAUGUUUUUGGAGUCAUUUUUCAAGAAAGCAAAAGGUUCACUGUUUUACUUUGUAAUUGAGAUGAAUAUUUUUUUGAACUGUUUAACUUAUAACAGAAAACUCAGUUGAACAAUUAAGUGUAUAAUUUGGUUUUCCAGUUGGUUCAAGUAGGUUUUUUCCUUCUUUUUUUUUUUUUUUUUUUUUUAAAUAGUACAGAGUUGUGUACAUAUGAUGUAAAUUUGAAGCAUUAUGUUCAGGGUACAUAUACAGUUUAUAUGUACUUUGUAAAAUUAUAGCCAGAUGUGGAAAAAAAAUUUGCUGCCAUUUUUGAGAAGAAAAAAAAAGAAGAAGCAAAUUGAGGUGAUAAAUUGGAUGUACAAAAAUAUGGCUCAGUACUGCCCCUGUAUCUAGCGAUUGUAGCUAUAAAAUGUGUCAAAAACCACAUUUUUUUUUUUACAAACACUUGCGCGUUUGUGUAUUAGGAAAGUUACUCACUCCAUAUUUUCUCCUGGACUUUAUCAGCCCAAUGCUAUUUUGUAAAAAAAAAAAAAAAAUGGAAAGAAAAUAAAAAGUGUGAAAAAAA